UUCGAUCAUCACUAGCUGCUGCAUUCCAUAUUGAAGUCCACUGCGUGCAUCAUAUUCCGUAGCAAAAAUUCAUCUGCUCACUGUUGAACAAAAAAAUUAUAGUUAGAAAUUAUUGUAUCACUAUCAAGGAUUAGUCUUGUGAAGUGAUGAUAUUUGUUGAAAUUGGAAUAGAUUCUAUUGAGAAUAAAGAGAAAAACGGAAAGAAAAAGAAGAACGUGUGACAUCCCGCCUACAACUAAACGACAGUGAGUCAACGACAAGCUGAUUCAAACAACAAAGCAUACCUGAGAAUUACAGCAGUGGAGUGAUAGUUGAAGGUGAAAUAAAUAUACGACCAAGUAAAGUGGUAAAGGAAGAAGAAGGAGACAAAAGAAAAAAACACAGGGAGACGAAGAAGAAGAAGAAGAAGUAGAAGAGGAAGUGGAAAACGGAUACCUCGACGGCAAAUAUACUCACUACAGUCGAUUACGAGCCAGAACACGUUCCGCACGAUUUCGUUUGCCAGCGCAACCGCGACUGUUCGUUCAUGACUGUGUUAUCAAUAUCAAUUGUUAUUGGCCAUUAAUUUAACUAUAAAUGAAGUUUUACUUAAAAUUGCCAAUCGCUGAAAAUUAAAAUUUAAUUAUUGCAAAAAACAUAUUGCUUUCUACUAUUUUAACAAGAAGACACUGAAAGUUAUACUUUCAAAUAGUUUUAAAUUAUUCAAAAAAGUUGUCAAUAGACUUUCUAAUUAAUUAUUGUGAUUAAUUUAACUUAAAUAGUUCAAUUAUACAGCAUAGAUUUGAAUUUGGAAAUAUUGUGAUAAAUUUGAAUGUAGUAUUUAAGACAACAUUCAAAAGUAUUUAAUAGAAUACCUCAAGAAUUGAUUGAUUUAUUUUGAAAGGUUCAGUGAAUUGGAAAUAAAAUGUAUAUUUUUAUAUAUUAAUUGAUGCUAUAAUGAAUGCUUGCGAAUAAAAUUGCGAAAGUAAAUUAAUGGUGAAUCGGUGUGGAUGACCUUCUAUAAUAACCCGGCAUCGAUUGAAAGCGACUGCGAUACACGUGGUCGCAAUCCGCAAAGAUAUCAAAUGGAAAUGUUAUCAAGAAUUUUCCUCUGGAUUAUCUUCAUCAAUUUGAAAGUUGUUUUAGGAAUUCCUACGACUGAAGGCCCUCUGAAUGUGCCUACUAAUUUAUACUCAAAUACCAUAGAAAAUACUGAUUCAACAUCACCAUCAUCAACAAUCUCUAAUAUUGAUGAGCAUUUAUCUAGAACUACGAUUCCGAGUGAUAAUGCCACGAAUUCAGUAAUUUUUGUUAAUACUCCUCAAAAUACCGAGACAGUUUUAGGAUCAUCUGUUCUAUUGGAAUGCAGAACUGCGCAUCCUGUAGUAGAUUGUCAGUGGUCCUGGCAACCAUUGCCGCCAGUUAAUUUGCCCUUGCCGGACAUUAACCCUCAGUUAAAUUCCAAUGAAACAACUGCAGAAAUUGCUACUGUCUCGCCGGCAACUAUGGCUCAAGCAUUACCAUUGAAACCUUUUCCAGCUUUUGGAAAUAAUAGCAAUGACUGUUCUGUAAGAUUCACACAGACUAAUUAUAAACAAAUUGGAUAUUGGACUUGUGCAGCAAGAACUUCACAUAAUGAUUCAUUUACAAGUACUAGUCCUGCAAUGUUAAAUAUUGCUAAUGAUAAACCAGAACCAACGAUAACUUUUCUGAAGACUGAUGAAACCCAAGAAGCAGCACUAGAGUCAUCAAGCGAAAUAAUUUGCAAAACAGAAACUCCAGUGAAAGAAUGUCAAUGGUCAUGGCGAUUGUUUAAUCAGACUGAAGUAUGGAAUAUAGAAAAGAGAAAAUUUCCGGCAUUCGGGGAUAACAAUACUGAUUGUAGCAUUAAAUUUAAAAAUGUUUUACGUCAACAUGAAGGAUUAUGGACGUGUGGAGUACGAACGGAUCUAAACAGCAGCUUCAUCCAAGCAAAACCCGUAUGGUUUUUCGUGUCAGAAGUGGAAUUCAUACAGCUUUCGCAAGGUAUCAAGACAGCCGCGGGGGAACCUGCCUUACUCAAAUGCCUGGUAAACAAACCGGUCGUACAAUGUGAGUGGACUUGGAAACCCCUUAACUCCAGUAAAGAGCCCAUAAUUGAGAAAAAUUUUGUACCAAAUGACAAUAACAAGCAUGAUUGUUCGAGAAGGUUGGAAAAUGUCGUAUAUGAAGAAGAAGGGAUAUGGACUUGCAGAGUAAGAUUGACUCACUCUGGUCGAGUUCAUGAAGCUGCUCCAGCAACUUUAACUCUUUUACCUUCAGCAAAAAUUAGUUUCGUGGAAAUACCAGAAAAUAAAUCUGUAGUGAUAGCUUCUCCUGAGGCGUUAGCGUGUACAACAAACAAUAGAAUAGAAAAAUGCUCUUGGCUGUGGCAUUCAUUAGAUGACACAAAGGUUGUUGUGAAAUAUGAAUUUCCUGGUACGGGAAAUUUAGGAAGAAACUGUACUCUCUAUUUUCCACAAAUUCGCUUUGAAGAUCAAGGAUAUUGGGCUUGCCAAGUGUCUAUACCCUCAACUAACGUAAUACAUACUUCGGCAUUUGCAAAAGUUAUUGUUUAUAAUCAAGAAAAAAUCGAGUUUUCGGAAUUAUUACAAAAUAUACAAAUAUAUUCAGGUGAGAGCGUUUUCUUAAGGUGCAUUACGUCAUCAGCAGUCGAACAAUGUCGAUGGUCAUUGACACCAGUCAACUCAAAUAUAACAGUAGUAAUUAGCCAAUUUACACCUGAUGGUAGUGCAGGUCGCAAUUGUAGUGCUCGAUUAAGUCAUGCCCUAGCCGAACAGGAAGGUCUAUGGACGUGUAGUGUGAAAGCUUAUGGUGCAGAAACCUACAUAAAUGCACCACCAACUAAACUUAGCCUACUAGAACCAGAACCAGUAGUAGUUACAAUAUUUGGAAAUCUCAAUGAAAAAAUUAGCAUGGGUUGUCGAAUAAAUCCUUUACCAUUGGACACUAAAUGUCGAUGGUUUCAUAAAACCAAUCAAAAAAGAACGAUGAACGAUACUAUAAAAUUAAGACAAAAUGUGCAAUUGAAUUAUACGUCUGGAAUUUGUACACUGCAGUUCAAACCAAAUAUGAAUGAUUUGGGUUUAUGGAUUUGCCAAUUUGUUCUUGAAAUAAAUGGCAGCUCUUAUCAACUAGGGAAUGGUACUGUGAAUCUUUUUAUUCGUUCAAAAGACGAUGAAAAACUGGGUUGGAUUGUUGGAGCAGUAACAACUCUAAUAUUAUUUCUCAUGAUAUUAGUGGUAGUCUUGGUAGUGUGUAAAACUAAAUUUUUUACAAGCAAAUCAUCGAGAAUAUUUGAAACAGCUCCUAUAAAAACGACCGUAUCAAAUAACCGUAAUAAAAAUACUAAUAAUAGUUCACGAACGGUAGAAUCGCGAUUAUCGGACGGAUCUUCAUUGCAUUCAAUAUCAGGAAUUUCGAGCAAUGAUGCAUAUAGAAAUUCGGAAUUUUAUGGAAACAUGGAUCGAGGUCGUAAUCAAACAUCAUCAGUUUAUGAACGAUUCAAUGUAUCAUAAUAAUAAACCAUUUGU